CACCUAUAUAUGUAGGCCUGUUCAGUAGAGGGUCACAUUCUUUAAUCUUGAAUAAAUUAUACCCUCUUGAUCCAUAUUUCUUGAGCUCCAUGAUGAUGAUCCCCUCAAUGCCUGUUUCAUAGGUUUCAUCGCUUUCUUCAUCUCCCAAGCUUCCAAGAUAUUUUGAAAAAAUUAUAAAAGAUGGCUACAUCAAAGGUAGACGGGACUUCAAACGGUUCGGUAAAGUCAAAAGACGAAGAAGGAACCACACCUUCAAUAUUCGAGAUUGACGAUUCGGAUCUUACAAGAUUACUAGAAAAGCCGAGGCCACUUAACACAGAGCGAAAAAGGUCAUUUGACGAAAGAUCAUUUAGUGAAAUGUCGAUCACCAUGUCCCCACGCAAUAACUUUUAUAGAACGAGUGAACAUUCAUCGCGUGCUUUUGAUAAUCUUGAUGGUGUUUAUUCUCCGGGAAGAUGGACGGGAACACCGAGAAGCGCUUGUUUUGAGCCUCAUCCAAUUGUCGGAGAAGCUUGGGAGGCAUUGAGACGGUCUAUAGUCAACUUUCGUGGGCAACCCGUUGGGACUAUUGCCGCACUUGAUAAUUCUUCAGAGGAACUUAACUAUGAUCAGGUAUUCGUAAGAGACUUUGUGCCUAGUGCACUGGCCUUUUUGAUGAACGGGGAGCCCGAAAUCGUAAAGAAUUUUCUUUUGAAAACCGUUUUCCUUCAAUCCCGCGAAAAAAAGGUGGACAAUUUCAAAUUAGGAGAAGGGGUCAUGCCUGCGAGUUUUAAAGUGCUUCACAAUCCGGUUAGGAACACGGAGACCAUAUUGGCCGAUUACGGUGAAAGUGCAAUCGGUCGAGUGGCUCCUGUUGAUUCGGGCUUUUGGUGGAUUAUUUUGCUUCGGGCCUAUACAAAGUCGACCGGUGACACUUCUUUGGCUGAACGGCCCGAAAUGCAACGCGGUAUUCGUCUUAUUAUGACUCUCUGUCUUUCGGAAGGGUUUGAUACGUUUCCUACGUUGCUUUGUGCUGACGGGUGUUGUAUGAUUGAUCGUAGAAUGGGCGUUUACGGGUACCCAAUCGAGAUACAAGCAUUAUUUUUCAUGGCUCUAAGAUGUGCAUUGUCUCUUCUAAAACGUGAUUCCGAGGGUAACGAUUGCAUUGACCGAAUAGUCAAGCGUCUUCACGCUCUAAGCUUUCACAUGAGAAGUUACUUUUGGCUCGACAUUAAACAACUAAACGACAUAUACCGUUACAAAACCGAAGAAUACUCGCAUACAGCCGUCAACAAGUUCAACGUCAUUCCCGAUUCACUUCCCGAUUGGGUUUUCGAUUUCAUGCCGACACGUGGCGGGUACUUUAUCGGGAACGUGAGUCCUGCUAAAAUGGAUUUCAGGUGGUUUUGUUUGGGGAAUUGUGUCGCUAUAUUGUCGUCUUUAGCGACACCCGAACAAAGUUCUGCGAUUAUGGAUCUUAUUGAAUCGCGUUGGCAAGAACUUGUUGGUGAAAUGCCGUUGAAGAUAUGUUAUCCGGCUAUGGAAAGUCAUGAAUGGAGAAUUGUGACGGGUUGUGACCCGAAAAACACGAGCUGGAGUUAUCAUAAUGGUGGAUCUUGGCCAGUUCUCUUAUGGCUCCUGACGGCCGCCUGCAUCAAGGCCGGAAGACCCCAGAUCGCAAAACGAGCGACAGAGUUAGCGGAAAGCCGAUUAUUGAUGGACGGGUGGCCUGAAUAUUAUGAUGGAAAGAUGGGGCGGUACAUAGGAAAACAAGCGCGCAAGAACCAAACAUGGUCCAUAGCGGGUUACUUGGUGGCUAAAAUGAUGCUUGAAGAUCCAUCUCAUUUGGGAAUGAUAGCACUUGAGGAAGACAAACAGAUGAAGCCUCAGAUGAAAAGAUCUGCUUCAUGUUGAUUAUUAUAAUAUAUAUAUAUAUAUCAUUGUUCUGUUUCCUGGAUUUUCAUUUUCAAUACUUUCUGUAUUAUACCCAUUCCCAUAUGAUUAUGGGGAACAAUGCAAAUUGAUGAAAUUUUGUAACCAUUUGGUGUUGUUUGGUUUGAAUAAUGGUUUUGAACUUGGAAAAACA